AUGACAGAAGACCGCAAAUGGCAUUUUUCAGCUGGUAUAUGUGCUGGUGCGAUGUCUCGAUCAUGUACGGCUCCCAUUGACAGAUUACGAACAUUCUUUCAAGUUUAUGGAAUGGAUCAUGCUGGACGAAUGACAAUUAAAACUACUUUAUCCUCGAUGAUUCAUGAAGGAGGUAUUCAAGGUCUUUGGCGCGGCAAUCUCAUGAAUAUUUUGAAAGUGUCGCCGGAAAUUGGUGUAAGAAUGAUGUCGUAUGAACAAUACAAAAGAUUACUUGGACAAACAAAUGAACAUGAAAUAACUGUUGCAAAAAAAUUUAUAUGUGGUUCAAUGGCUGGUUUUACGGCAACAUGUCUAAUAUAUCCAAUGAAAACAAUAAAAACUCGAUUAACAAUUAGACGAACAAAUGAAUAUAAAAGUAUAUAUGAUUGCAUUAGAAAAAUUUAUCACACUGAAGGACCUUUGGCAUUCUAUAAAGGAAUUUUGCCAAAUAUUUUGGCAAUUUUGCCCGCAUCUGGUAUUGAUUUUGCGUUGUAUGAAACAUUAAAACGUUAUGUUGAAUAUAAACAAAAUCGACCAAGUGGUUCAAUCGAAAAACUUUUAUUAGGAAAUGUUUCAAUUGGAGUGGCCAAUUUAUUUGUCUAUCCAUUACUUCAAGUACGUUCCAGAUUACAAUCAAACGUAAACAGGACAGAUACAAUGACGCAUAUAUUCAAAACGCUUUGGAAAAAACGUGGUAUUAGAGGAUUUUAUAAUGGUUUUGGAUUGCAUAUGCUAAAAAUGGGUCCUGCUAGUGGUAUUUCAUUUGCAACAUUCGAAUUUGUUGCAAAAUUAUUGGGUACAAAAGCAUUGUAG